AUGGCUACGGAGUACUUCACUAAGUGGGCAGAGACAGUGCCAUUCCAAAAGGCCACAGGAAGAGUAGUGGCAAACUUCAUCAAGGAGAACAUAAUUGUGAGAUUUGGAGUGCCUCAUAGGAUUAUUAGCGAUAAUGGUACACCGUUUGUCAACAGUAAUGUAAGGAAAAUGCUGAAAUUCUACCAAGUCAAACACCAUCGUUCAUCGCUUUAUUACCCUCAAGGAAAUGGGCAAGCAGAGGCAACAAACAAGAUGCAGGGGAAGGAAAAAGAGGGAGAAGCCUUUACGACAAAAAGGUGUGAAGAUCUAGAAGGACUUGAUGAAAGAAGGGAGGAAGUCGAAGAGCGUAGCCAUAGAUACAGACAAAAUAUGACAAACGCCUAUGGCAGGAUGACUAAAGAAAGGGUGUUCGCGGAAGGACAACUUGUACUGAAAGUGGCAGACUAUGUCAGGCGAGGUAUGGCAAGACCAUCUAAGUUUGCACCCAAAUGGGAGGGACCCCUCGUUAUAAGAGAGACACACCCGAGUGGAUAUUAUCGCCUAGCCUAG